GAUUUCUCUUGAAUCCUUUUGUAGCCCUUCAUUUCCAAUCUCUCCCUCCCUUAUCCCUAUCCCUAUCCCUUCUUCACUUCCUUCUCUUAUCUCCUUCUUCUUCUUCUUCUUCUUCUUCUUCUUCUCUUUGUGAGUAUUUUCAUGGCUCCCAAAGCUAGAGGAGGCAAGGGCAACAAGGUCAAGGGAAGUGGUGACAAAAAGAAGAAGGAGGAAAAAAUUAUUCCAAAUGUGAUUGAUGUGAUUGUAGUGACUCCAUAUGAGACUAAGAUUACACUCAAGGGAAUAUCCACGGAUAAGAUACUUGAUGUGAGGAGGUUGCUAGCAUCAAAUGUCCAAACUUGCCACCUUACCAAUUACUCUCUUUCUCAUGUGGCUCGUGGGGUCAAGUUAAAAAAUGGCGUGGAAAUCGUUUCUCUCAAACCUUGUGUUCUUAGCAUCCAACCAGAGGAAUACACGACUGAGGAACACGUGCUUUCGCACGUGCGAAGGCUGUUGGACAUCGUGGCCUGCACGACAUGCUUCGCUAAGAGCAAAGAUGGCGGGAAAUCUCGAAAACCACCGAACUCGCCGGCGAACGGGAAGCCCUCGUCGGCGGCGACCUCUUCUCCGGCCAUGGCUGGAGCUGGUAAAGAUGAGAAAGUCCAGCAUGAGGGCGAUCCGGUGCCGGCGAUAUCGGAGAAGUUCGAUAUGGCGGCGAUUUACCCGCCGCCCAAGCUUGGCGAUUUCUACGAGUUUUUCAACUUCUCGCAUCUCCAGUCCCCGAUUCAAUAUUUGAGGAGACGUGAAGGAGAAAGCGCUGGGGAGAAAAAGGAGGGAGAUUUCUUUGAAUUGGAGGUUAAAGUUUGCAAUGGCAAGUUGCUCAAUGUUAUUGCAUCUGUAAAAGGAUUCUACACAACUGGGAAACAUUGUAUCCAGAGCCACUCCCUGGUGGAUCUGUUGCAACAGCUAAGUAGUGCUUUUGCUAAGGCAUAUGACUUGCUGAUGAAGGCUUUUGUAGAGCACAACAAGUUUGGGAAUUUGCCGUACGGACUCCGUGCAAAUACCUGGAUUAUUUCUCCUAUAUUCACUGAGUCUCCUUGGGCAAACCCCAAAUUGCCAAUCGAAGAUGAGAACUGGGGAGGGAAUGGUGGUGGGCUUGGCCGAGAUGGUAAAUAUAACCAUAGGCAGUGGUCGACAGAAUUUUCAGUUCUGGCUAGAUAUCCAUGCAAAACUGAAGACGAGAGGUUGAUUAGAGACCGCAAAGGUUUUCUAUUGCACAGCUUAUUCACUGAAACUUCAAUAUUUAAAGCUAUCUCGGCAAUUCAUCAUGUUAUUGAAUCCCAAAGGAGCUUCAAUGCUGCUGAAGAUGUUGUGGGUGGCUAUAUUGUCCAUGAAGAGCAUGUAGGAGAUCUGAAUGUCACUGUAAGAAAGGAUUUUACUGAUGCUAGCGUAAAACCAGAAGAGAAAAUAGAUGGAUCUCAACUACUCCAAAUGAAUGCUAAGGAGAUUGCCCGAAGAAACCUUCUUAAGGGUUUAACGGCUGAUGAAAGUGCAGUUAUAAAUGAUACUGCUACCUUAGGAGCUGUUAUAGUCAAACAUUGUGGAUAUACAGCAAUUGCCAAAGCAUCUGGCCAUGUAAAGAGCGGUGACAUUACAAGAGAUAUUGAUGUAGAUGAUCAGCCUGAUGGUGGUUCAAAUGCUUUAAACAUUAACAGCUUAAGGGUUCUGCUCCCCACAUCCUGCAAUACAGAGCCAUCUAUUGGUGGUCAACUAUCUCCUUUGAAUUCUGAUGAUAUUGGAGCAAGGUGUUUAGCACAGAGAGUCCUUAAUGAUAGCCUAAGCAAGUUAGAGAAAAUGCCUGCCACUGCUGAGAGGUCUAUCCGAUGGGAGCUUGGUUCUUGCUGGGUACAGCACCUACAGAAACAGGAGAACUUACCAGUUAAAGAGGCUAAGAGAAGUGCAGAGGACAAGCCUCAACCAAUUGUCAAAGGUCUCGGGAAGCAAUUUGAACCAUUAAAAAAAAUAAAGAAGAAGGCUGAUGCUUCUGGGAUCAGGUCUGACAUAAGGCAAGAUGAUUCUUUUGAAGUGGGCUCAGAUAACCUAAAUCAGUCAAAAUUGGAUGCUGAAACUGAACUGAGGAACCUGUUACCUGAAGAAGCAUUCUUGCGCUUGAAAGACUCGGGGACCGGUCUUCAUCUAAAGUCACUGGAUGAGCUUACCCAUAUGGCACAUAAGUUCUAUGAUGGCAUUGCUCUUCCCAAGCUGGUGGCAGAUUUUGCUUCACUUGAGCUAUCACCAGUAGAUGGUAGAACUUUGACAGAUUUCAUGCAUACUCGAGGACUUAAAAUGUGUUCCUUGGGGCGUGUGGUUGAUCUCGCUGAAAAGUUACCACAUAUACAGUCACUUUGUAUUCAUGAGAUGGUUACACGUUCCUUCAAGUACAUAUUACGAGCUGUCAUUGCUGCUGUAAACAGCUUGUCAGAUCUUUCUUCUGCAAUUGCUGCGACUUUGAAUAUCUUGCUAGGAUCAACAGAGACACAAAAAUAUGAGCUAGAUCACAUCAAUGAUCAUUCUCUAAAGAUGAAAUGGCUAGAGAAAUUUCUCUUAAAACGCUUUUCUUGGAGGCUAAAGAAUGAAUUUCAGCACUUACGGAAGUUCGCAAUUCUCAGAGGACUUUGUCAGAAGGUUGGACUAGAGUUGGCCCCUCGAGAUUAUGACUUGGAGAGUCCAAGCCCAUUCAAGAAAUCUGAUAUUAUCAGCAUAGUUCCUGUUUGUAAACAUGUGGCUUGCUCAUCAGCGGAUGGCCGGAAUUUAUUGGAAUCUGCGAAGGUUGCACUGGAUAAAGGCAAGCUAGAGGAUGCCGUCACAUAUGGUACAAAGGCACUGUCAAAAAUGAUCGCAGUUUGUGGUCCUUAUCAUCGUAUGACUGCUAAUGCAUACAGUCUUCUUGCAGUGGUUCUUUACCACACUGGAGACUUUGAUCAGGCAACCAUAUACCAACAAAAGGCUCUCGAUAUCAAUGAGCGGGAGCUCGGUCUUGACCAUCCAGAGACUAUGAAAAGUUAUGGAGAUCUUUCUGUGUUUUACUAUCGUCUUCAACAUAUUGAAUUAGCUCUAAAGUAUGUCAACCGUGCACUGCUGCUACUACAUUUUUCAUGUGGAUUGUCACAUCCUAAUUCUGCUGCAACCUAUAUUAAUGUUGCUAUGAUGGAAGAGGGUAUGGGCAAUGUCCAUGUUGCACUUCGAUACCUGCAUGAAGCUCUCAAAUGCAAUCGACGACUGCUGGGUGCAGAUCACAUUCAAACUGCUGCUAGCUACCAUGCUAUAGCCAUAGCCCUUUCCAUGAUGGAAGCUUAUACACUCAGUGUUCAGCAUGAACAGACCACAUUGCAGAUACUGCAGUCUAAACUUGGAGCAGAUGACCUCCGGACUCAGGAUGCUGCUGCUUGGCUUGAGUACUUUGAAUCAAAAGCUCUCGAGCAGCAAGAGGCUGCUCGUAGAGGUAUACCAAAACCUGAUGCAUCUAUUGCAAGCAAAGGCCAUCUUAGUGUAUCAGAUCUGCUUGACUACAUCAACCCAGAACAAGAAUUGAAGGAAAGAGAUUCACAAAAAAGGCUACAACGGAUGAAGAGCAUCAACAGGCCGAGUCAAAUGAAGUCAAACAUAUUGGUUGAUGAUUACCAAGAUGAUUCAAAGUACUCAUCCACUCUUAACAGCAUUGAGGGAGCUAAAGAGGAGGAAAAACUUGUAGAACAUCAGCCCUUAAAAUUUGAAGACAGUGAUGAUACAAUGCAAGGCCAACAACCACAAGUCUAUGAGUGUUCUCCCGAAGCAUCCUCUGAUGAAGGUUGGCAAGAGGCUAAUUUUAAAGGCCGAUCUGGAAAUGUACGCAGAAUAGCUGGACCCAAAAGGCCAACCUUAGCAAAAUUGGAAUUAAAAUUCUCUGAAUCCUCUGCCAGCAUUAAGAGGAGAACCAUGUCACCAACAUUGAAAGGCAAUUCUUCAAUCACAAGAACCCCUUCAACUGAUGUUUCUUCUGUUAAAAAUCUUAGGAAUGCUGCAAGUGUUCAUGGUGGAGAUGAUUCAAAUAAUGCACGACAAAGUACUCCAGAUUUGGAGGCCAGAUUAGAUCAAAAUCCUAAGGCUUCUGUUAUCAGCAGAGUCAUCACGGCAGGCACAAAUCUCCUAUCCUAUAAAGAAGUAGCUUUGUCACCUCCUGGUACAAUCUUGAAGCCAACAUUGAAGCUACCUGAGGUUAAGCAACCAGAUGAAACAGUGAGAGGUACAGAGCCUGAGGAAUGUAACAAUGUUAAAGAGGCAUCCAAGGUUGAGGUUGACAUGACAACCAAGGGAGCACUGCAAGAGGUAUCCUCGAGUGACAGUGAGAAAGAGAUUCAAACAUCUGCAGUGAAGAUAUCAGUAAAUGUAUCGGAAAGAGAAACUUCUGAUUCUGAUGAUGUUCAGAUCUCAUCAUCUUCCAAAGAAGCCGCUGCAACUAGAAGCAAACUUUCUGCAUCGGCUCCUCCAUUUAAUCCAGGAUCAUUGUUGUCCGUACCCAAUGCUUAUAACUCAGUUGCCGUUGUUGGUCUAUAUGAUAUGAGAGCUGCUCAUGCAACAGUACCACCUAAACCUGUGGAACUCCUGCCUCCUCAUUCUGUAGAUGCUAGAGUCCCUCGUGGUCCUCGGUCAACUAUGUACUUCAAAAAUAGCUUAUCUUCCCAAACGAAACAUGGUUACAGAAACUCUCAGACUGGUAAUGAAGCAGAUAGAGGUGCCAUUAGCCCAAGUACGAUGAAUCCUAAUGCAGCUGAGUUUGUUCCUGGCAAAGCUUCGCAACAAUUAAACCAAUCUGAUGGGGUCUCAGAAGUUCAGCGCCCUGGUGAUGACUCAAGUUCUCAAGUAGAAUCUUCAUCUGCAAAAGAAGAUUGCAACACAGUUCUUCCUGGUGAAAAAGCAGAACUUGACAGAAAUGCAGCGGAGGUUAAGAUUAAGGAUAGCAAACGAAGUUGCGGAAUGGAAAGUUCAAGCAAAGCUGAGCUUGCUAGACAGAUUUUGUUCAAUUUCAUUGUCAAGUCAUAUCAGGAUAAUUUAGGCUCAGAUGAAGCUGAAACUAAACCAAAAUCAACUAAACGCGAGAGCUCAGCAACUAGAAGUGUUAGUAGCAAUGUAACUAAAUCAGUGUCUGUCGACCAAUUUUGUGAUCAUCAAUGGCCAAAACCAAACCAGGACAGAGAAGGAUUUACAGUUGUCUCAAAGAGGAGGAAGAACAAGCACCAACUUUCAAAUGCAGUCAGCGGGUUAUAUGCUCAACAGUCGAUCUGCACAUUGGCGAGUUGAUGAAGAGUUUUUGGAAUACAAGAAGAUGCAUUUACUUUUUUCCUAUCGAUGAUUAUAAUAUAUAGCUUCAAUAAAAACAUGAGCCUUGUUUACCAUUAUCCGGCAUGCGGCUUAUUUUGUGUUGUUCCAAACAUUCUGUCUGAAGUUUUAUGUAAAAAGUUAGAGUUAUGUAUAGAUUUUCAACAUGGCCAUCUUGUAUCCUUAGAACAAUUUGCUGGAGAAUUAUUUGGCUGCCGAGAACAUUUUAAAUCAUGUUAGGUAAUUUAUGUUGCAUUCA